UGGUCGCUCCCACCCGCCCCGGGCGCGGCCAUCCCCCGCGCACCACGUAGCCGGGGCGAGCGCAGCCACACGCCGCCCCGCGGAGGCCACGCUCUCCUCCCAAGCACCAUAACAUCCGCCAGCGCCCCCGCCGCGCGCGCCACCGCCCGCUCCAACCCCAGCUUCUUUAACGUCUAGCAGCAGCCGCCCACCUCCACCCGCCCGCUCGCUCUCCUCCUCUCCGACCCACCGAUCCCCAGCUGAUCUUUUUCCGCUCCUCUCAUUCCCUCCUCGGCUACUAGCUGCCAGUUGCACUUGCACCGCGCAGCAUCUUGCUUUGUCCAGCGCGUGCAGCAGGAAGGGGCCGGGCUGUGCAUGGCGCCGUCCGACUCUCAGCCGUGCACGCAGCAGCGGCCGCUGCCACCAGCGGGCGAGCUGCAGCAGCCGGCGGCGGCGGCGGUCUGCGACGUCGCCGCUUCGGACGACCGGGCGCCUGCGGCUGGGACGUCCGAGUCCCAGAAGGCGCCAGCGGAGGCGGCGGUGGCCAGCAAGGCUCUGGCGGCCGUGGAGCCGGAGAAGAAGAAGCAGGACAGGGCGGCGGCGGAGGAUGCCGGGGAGGCCGUGGUGCCGCGGCGGCCGGCGGCGGCGGGGGCCGAGGAGAGCGCACGGGAGCGGCUGAAGCGGCACCGCACGGAGAUGGCGGGCCGGGUGCGGAUCCCGGACAUGUGGGGCCAGGAGCGCCUGCUCAAGGACUGGGUCGACUGCGCCGUCUUCGACCGCCCGCUCGCCGCCACCACGGGGCUCCUCACCGCCCGCGACGCGCUCGUCGCCGAGUGCGCCGCCGCGCGCCGCCCGGCGGUGGUCUCGCACGGCCCCGCGGGGCGCACGCUCCGGGUCCAGAACGGCUGCUCGUGAUCGCCUACUCGAUCGCCUGCCGCGCGCGUGCAUGCAGCUGAGAUCAAGUCAAGUGCUUUUCUUUUCUUUUCUUUUUGCCCCCUACUACUUCUCGCUCUCUCCCUUCUCGAUGAUGUGAUUAACUGAUUACGUACACGUCUAGUCGAAUCUCUGUUGGCCCGAAUAUGAAUUUGAUCGAUAACCCCAUCGAGUAAUUAAUACUCAUGCUUGACUAGCACUGGUGGUUGUAAUUAACGUAGUUGAUCACCAUUUUUAAGCAUGCAACAAUCUGUUUGGACCAACACUCCAGCUUAAUUCGGGGGUGAAUUCAUCAAGAGCUCUUUAUUUCCGUUUCA